GGGCCGGGCGUGCGGGCGGGCGCGUGUCGGGUGCCCCGCGCCGGGAUGUUCGUGGCGCGCAGCAUCGCGGCGGAUCACCGCGACCUCAUCCACGAUGUCUCCUUCGAUUUCCACGGGCGGCGCAUGGCGACCUGCUCCAGCGACCAGAGCGUCAAAGUCUGGGACAAAAGUGAAAAUGGGGAUUGGCAUUGCACUGCCAGCUGGAAGACACAUAGUGGAUCUGUGUGGCGUGUGACAUGGGCCCAUCCUGAAUUUGGGCAGGUCCUGGCUUCCUGCUCUUUUGAUAGAACAGCAGCUGUAUGGGAAGAAAUUGUGGGAGAGUCAAAUGAUAAACUCCGAGGCCAGAGUCACUGGGUAAAGAGGACCACUCUAGUAGACAGCAGGACAUCUGUUACAGAUGUAAAGUUUGCUCCCAAGCAUAUGGGUCUUAUGUUAGCAACCUGUUCAGCAGAUGGAGUUGUAAGGAUUUAUGAAGCUCCAGAUGUGAUGAAUCUCAGUCAGUGGUCACUGCAGCAUGAAAUCUCAUGUAAGCUAAGCUGCAGCUGUAUUUCUUGGAAUCCUUCAAGCUCUCGAGCACAUUCUCCAAUGAUAGCUGUAGGAAGUGAUGACAACAGUCCAAAUAUAUUGGCUAAGGUUCAAAUUUAUGAAUAUAAUGAAAAUACCAGGAAAUAUGCAAAAGCAGAAGCUCUGAUGACAGUCACAGAUCCUGUACAUGAUAUUGCAUUUGCUCCAAAUCUGGGAAGAUCCUUCCACAUUUUAGCUGUUGCAACCAAAGAUGUACGAAUUUUCACACUGAAACCUCUGAGGAAAGAAUUGACUUCCUCUGGAGGAUUAACAAAAUUUGAAAUUCAUAUUGUGGCACAGUUUGAUAAUCACAACUCCCAGGUGUGGCGAGUGAGCUGGAAUAUUACAGGCACAGUGCUUGCCUCCUCUGGUGAUGAUGGCUGUGUUAGGCUCUGGAAGGCUAAUUACAUGGACAACUGGAAAUGUACUGGUAUAUUGAAAGGUAAUGGGAGUCCAGUGAAUGGUAGCUCUCAGCAGGGAAUUUUUAAUGCCUCUUUAGGUUCAGCCAAUACAAGUCUACAGAAUUCACUAAAUGGAUCAUCUGCCAGCAGGAAUGGAAAACGAACUCCUUUUUCCCCUCCCCAUCCGCCGUUUGACCUCUCCCAAGACACCAGCAGCCUGCUAACUACUAAGUGCUGUUCAAAAAGCCUUUUUCAAACACAUUGUGUAUUUCUUUCCCCCUCUGGAUUCCCCACGGGCUGGAUCGAGAUGGUCCAGUCAUGCCCAGCUCCUUCCUCCUCCUCCUCUGAUAGAGCACUCUUUUCACUUAGGACAUUUGGAAGAAAUACUACUGACUUAGAACCCUCCUUUUUUGAUGUGUCACCACAGGAACAUCAUUGUUGUGGACCAGCUGUACCCUGGUCCGGGCUAGUAGGUCGGGCACAACAUCUCAGCGGUGUCUCUGGGACCGCCGCCUCUCCCUUGACAGACCCCGCGCUGCUCACCUGGAUUCAGAGCUCGCCGAUCGGUGAUCGAACACCCAGAACAACCGAACCCACCACCCCUGUCCCACAGCCUCCCAGGGCAGCGUUACCCCGACCUCAGGCGGGGUGGGCGGCGGGGUGGGCGGCGGGGUGGGCGGCGGGGUGGGCCCCUCCCCCGGCCGCCUCACGCCUAACGGACGACGGAGGACGGCUGGGGGGGGCGGGGCUAGGCAGUGCCGCGCGCGCCCCCCGCCCAAUCAGCAAGGAACGGGGAGGGGAUGGGACGGACCGGGCCCCAUCGGUCUUGACCGCGGUAGCUUCGGGGAGGGCAAAUCUGAGCCCCUCCCGUUUAAGGGAAAGAGGUCGUUGUUUUUCAGCUACUCGCCGUCCCGGCCUGCGCGGCGGAGGUUGUCGCAGUCGCCCUCCCCGGUGGGGCUGUCCUGUUGCUCCCGGGUCGCGACGGGCGGCGGGUGGUCCCUGCACGGAGUGGGGAGGGGUAGCAGUGCCCCGGGCCUUCCGUGUUGAGAUGAGUUGCGUUCUGGCUGCAGCCUGCCAAGUCGCUGCCCGAGAGGGUCGCGUCAUGGAGUUUGUAGCUCCCCAGAGUGCUAUUUUAAGUAGCUUGUGGAGGAUGAUGGAGGACUUCAGAAAUAUUGCCGAUGAGACAUUUCCAAGCUUCUUGGGCCAUUCAUUGAAUAGCAGUGCGAAUGUAACUUUUGAGAAUGUUACUCUUUCUUCAAACCCAGGCUUACCUGUUGCAGCUUCAACUGUUGCCAGGAGUAAAAUGGGUGGUGAGAACAGGCUUUCUGAUGUGUGUGAAUCCUAUUUAGAAGGGAAACAUUCACCCCUGUCAGGAUCUUCUCAUGGUAGGAAGUUAAAUUCUGAGCCAACAGGAAGAUUUGCCCUCAGCUUUCAUGAUGACACGGAAGCUUCUGCACAAGCUAAAGAACCAGAGUCAUCUUCAAUUACUUUACAAGAAUCCCACUUGAUACAUGAAAAGCAAGAUCAGAAUGUCACCGGGCAUUCAAAUAAUGGUGAAGAUACCUUACUUGAGGUAUUGCCAUGUGAACGAUUAGAAGAUUUGCCAACUGGAGUACAUUUUCUUCAAGACAAUAAGAAUAACAAGGCUGUUCCAUCUGAACCUUCUGAAAAGCUGAUGGAAGGUGAAAUCUCAAGUGAUCAUCUUAGCAGUAGCCUUUCAAGUUUUUUAGAAAAUGAGAAACUGUCAUCUUUUGCAAGCUCAGAAGAAAAUUCUACUGAUGAUGAUAUAGAUGAUGAAGAGUUCCUUGAUGACCAACUAGAAGCUUAUUUUGAGCAGCUGAUACAGCCAGAAAUUACAGGGGGAGACACCAACAUACAGAAACUCUCAGGAUGCUGUGCAGCACUGAAGCUUUCUGAAAACUUCUUAUUUCAAGAGAGAUUUCAGGUUCCUGAUACUUGUCAGGCUGUGACAGGAGAUGACUCUGGAAAUGCUAGCGAUGAAGAUUCACAAAAUCAAGGGACAACUGGGUAUCUUUUGCAAAGAGAAACACCACCCAGAGCAGUACAGCAACUGGAUUCCAUGACUACUGGGGAUGUGCUCAAUUCCUGCACUGCUGUUGAAUUGCAGUUAGACCCACAGUAUCUUCAGCAUGAGGACAGCCAUAAAGCUGAUGUUUCAGAUGUCCUUCCAAAGCAAGAAACACACUCCUCUGAGUGUCAGGUUGCUGCUUCUCAUGCAGAGAGUCUACUCACAGCAAGAGGCUUUUUGGGGCACUACAGCACUCCUGAAGUUCCUAGUGCAAACAUACCUCAGCCAGAUACUGAACAUGAAGUUGGUCUCGCUGAAACUUAUCUGUCUCCAACUCCAGAGGGCUGUGAGAACAUAAAUUUAGCUAUAACAGACAAAGGUGAUUUACCACACAGCAUUGUCUAUCAAAAUGAAGAGGGCAAAUGGGUAACUGAUCUUGCAUAUUAUACCUCAUUUGAUGAAGAACAAGGUUUAAAUCUGUCUGAAGAUGAUAAAAUAAACGAGGAGUUCAUAACUGGAUCUGAAGCUGCAGCUAUGAUUGCACAGGACCAGGAAGAAUUUGAGAAAGCACACAGACUUGUGCAGGCAGAAAAAGCAGACAGUCUAACUGCAUCUGAGUUAGCAGAUACUUCAUGGAAAUCUGCCAACAGCUGCAUUCUGCAGAGACAAUCUGAUCUUGAUAAAGAUGCCAGUUAUUUACGUUUGUCUUUGGGGGAAUUCUUUGGUCAGAGAUCUGAAGCUCUUGGUUGUCUUGGUGGAGGCAGUGAUGUGAAACGGCCAUCUUUUGGUUACUAUAUUACAUCUCCGAAGAAAAGACAGCCUGUUGCUUUGCUGAGGCAGUCUGAUUCACCAGGAGGUGACAUUGGCCAAGAGACUUUGCAACUGCCCUUUUCUUUGUUUUUGCAUGACUUAAAAGCACAAGCAACAGAACAUGGAAAUUCUCCCAGCUGUGAAGGUGCAUGGAAUAUGACUGAGAUUGCAUCUGAAAUUCAGAAAAGCAUUAAUACAGAAGCUGCUACCAAAAGUAAAGCAAAGGAUGGAAUUCAGAAAGGCAGAUUUGGAGAAGGCUCUCCUAAUCAUUCUGACUCUGUCCUGAGCAUUAGCACGAUUGCCUCUGCCAUUGCUAAUGCUUCCUCCAGUGCUGAUCCCUCCGAGCUAGCUGCUAUGAUAAUAGCACUUUCUAAUAAAAGUAAAAGAACGUGUAUCCUUCCUGGAACUGGUAGAGAAUCUGAACUCUCUGUUCAUCAGGUAUCAUCCAGCAAUGUGGAAAAUGGUGCGUUUGAUAUGGAAAAAUACAUCAAAAAAACGGAUGAGAUUGGACAUGAAAGUGAAUCUGAGAGUAUUGUGAAACAUGAAUCAUCUGUCCAGAAUGCUAUGCCUGAUAGCUUUUUACAGGGUAAAGAUAAAAUUAAAGAUACUCUUGCAGAAGAUUUGAUAAAUAAUCAUAGCAAGCAGCAAGAAAUAGAGAAAGGGUUUCCAGAUUAUUUUAAUGAAGAAAAUAAUAAUCAGAAUUUUUCUAGUCUGUCUGGUGCACCCAGCCACAAAGACCAAAUUGUAAAUAGUGUUAAAUAUUUGGAGAAGUUGUCAGAUUUAGUAAAUAGUAAACAUUUGCAGUCAGUGAAUGCUGAUCUAAGAUCAGCUGUUCUCAAUACCCAAGCCUCAACUGCUGGGAAUGGAGUAUCGAAGCAUGGAAUUCCUUCAGCAGCAAGAAGUGAAGUGGCACAGAGAAGUCCGCUUGCUUACCAGAAUGAUGAUCUCUCUAGUAGAUGUGUCAGGGAAAACACAGAAACAGUGUAUCAAGCAACAAGUACUGUUUCAGAACCCUGUAACAAUGUGGUGCAUAGAAGUACAGGAAAUACUCCCUCACGUAUCAACUUGAAACCAGCCAAGCAAUCUAGUAAAUAUGUCAUAGUAACUCCUACAAAAGUAAAGCCUAUGCAGGUGUUGAGCAGUGAUGAAAAGAAGCAAAUGGCAAAAAUAGAGAGGAGAAACAAAGAUCCCAGUACUGUUUGCCAUGGCAAUGCAAAACAUGUAACUUUCGAGCAGCUCUCCCCAGCUUCCCAGCGUAAUACUGAGCAUAAACCCGUUGUACCUGAAUGUGACUUGCAGCCUCUAGAGGAUGAGCUGUAUAGCUUCAGACCCUCAACUGAACCACUAAUUCACUCUUCUCCUAGUGAUACUUCUGGAACAGCAGUUUCUGGGUCUGAUGAUUGCACAUCAUAUUUUGAGGAGUCUUCCUGCAAGGAGAGUGUACUACCUCAGUCAAUUUACUCAAGUCUUAGCAUGAGCAGAUUAACAUAUGUCUCUGCAUCUGAAAAUACCCUUAAGAACACAGCUGUGAUAUAUAAUCCAGAGACAUCCUUGAGUGAAAAUACUAGUGAACUAAGCACAACGAUAAUUCGAGCCAGCCCAACUCCUUCACAGGAACAUCCAAAUGAAAAUCUAAAAGACCACUCAUGUCAAAGGAAUAGAAAUGCACUGCUUAGUAUUGACCAGAAAUUGGAAGAAAAUGAACUUGCAGAUCUUAAAACAAAACUUGAUGAUGUACUGAGUCAAGAACUGUCCGAAGAAAGUGUGCCAAAGAGUGAAAAGCAGCUUGCAUCUGUUGCUUCAAAUGUAGCAGCAAAUGCUAAAGAGCUAGACCAUGCUAAACCAGCUUUACCAAGUAAAUGCAUCUUCCAGCCACUUUCUCUUAAUGUUGAUGCACAAGAGGUAUGGCAGGAUCAAACAAACAGAGUACAGAGACAAGGAUUACCCAUAUAUCCUGGAUUAAACACAUAUAUGCCAUUCAAUCAAAACCCAUCAGAUGAACCAUAUGUUCCUAUUCCAAGCUUCAAGCCCCAUGUCGCUACCUCUGUGAGUCAAGCAAUUUCUUCUGUUCCUACAUUGCUUACAGGACAUACUCUUGCAACUCCAUUUGCACAACAGCGUCUGGGAAAUAUACCAUCUACUGGAAAUGUAGUUUUGUCUCAGUUUCAUGACUGCAAUUCUGCAGGUUUUGGUCUUCCAGCAGGACUCCCUUGUCCUGGUAUCCCAGCAGGACAUACUGAGAAUCCACUUACGGUUGGAAUUCCUUUGGGUCUAAAUACUGGUCCUGGUCCUUUGGGGACAACUUUGCUUUGUAAUCAACAAUCUGCUUUCUGGAACAAGAAUAUCUUAAAUAUGAAAUCUUGUACUGGACAAUCUGUUGCAGCGGAUAGAAAAGAGUGGGAGUUAUCAAAGUCACCUUGUAUUGGACGUGUAAAAGUGCCUGAAGAAUUGAAGAUUCCUAAUGCCUGUUGUGUGGGAAUUGCAUCACAGGCAGUUCUUAACAUUUUUAAUCCAACUGGACGGUGGUUACAAGUCAGCAUUGGAAUACUCAGUGUUUCAAUUAAUGGGGUAAAGAUGGAUCCUGUGAAAUACCAAUGUCUGGUUUUCAAGAACAAAACCAUCGUAGGACCCUAUUCUACCAAUGAUCUGAAAAUACUGUUUUUACCUUCUCAUUCGGGAAUCUUUCAGUGUAUUCUCAAUGUUUCAUCCUGGCCAGUUUCUGCAGAUGCUGAGACAAUUAUUCAGGCAGAAGCUUUGGCAAGUAGGGUGGUUCUCACAGCAGUGGCUGAAAAUCCUGUUUUAGAGGUGGAAACAGGAAAAAGAGAUUAUCUGGAUUUUGGUGACUUGACUUCUGGCAGUUGGAAGGCUCUUCCACUAAAAGUUAUCAACAAAACCCAUGCUUUUGUUCCCAUUAGACUUAUUAUUAAUGCUAGUGCAGUAGCUUGGCCUUGUUUCACUUUUUCCAAGGAACCUGUUAAUCCUUCUCAUGAACAAUCGCUUCAGAUGGAUGCAGCUUCCCAGGCAGCAGCCCCAUCAGUUGUGAAUCAUGUGAUACAUGCAAGCUAUGAUGGGCAAGAUCCUGAAGCUUUAACGGUUUGGGUUAUAUUCCAUGCACCUAAGAAACAAAUUUCCUGUUCAGAUUCCUUGUGUCCAGCAGAUGAAUUCUUGGCAAGAGUUGAUGUUGAAGUGGAUAGUCCAGGACCCAGCAGUGUUAUUAAAAGUAUUCCUCUCAGAGCAAGAGUUGGAACAGCAAGGAUACAUGCUCCAAAGGACUUGCAGAUAAUAAGUCUAUAUACUAGUGUGGGUUCAACAGCCAAACAGCAGCUGCCAUUGAAAAAUGCUGGAAACAUCAGUGUAUAUUUGAAAGUUAAGGCAUCAUAUCAAGACAGCUGCUUUGCUGUUGAACCUGCGGAUCUUUUCCUUCUUCCUGGAGAAGAACGAGAAGUGACUGUCCUGUUUUCUCCAAAAAAUGUUAUGACUACGGAAAGUACUUUGAAAAUAUCUGUGCUGCCAUCUGGGCCUCAGUAUGAAGUGGUGAUAAAAGGCGAGGCAGAGUCUGAGGAAAAGAAACCUGCUGCAGGCUGUUCAGACAUCCCACCCAUUCUCUCCAACAGGCAGUACAUCGCCUGGGGGGGAGUAACACUUGGAGCAUCAGUCCAACAGAAGUUAACUUUAAGAAAUUACUCUUCAUCUGAAACCCAGCAUUUAAGACUGUUGAUCAGAGGCCAGGAUCAAGACUGUUUUCAGCUUCAGAGUAUAUUUGGAUCAGAAGAACGCUUAACUAGUAGUUGGGAACUCAGAAUCCGUCCCAAGGAAGACACUAACAUAUACUUGAUAUUUAGACCCACUCGAAUAACUUGCUGCUUUGCCAAGCUGGAAAUCAAACAUCUGGGGCCUCAAUCACGGCCAGGACUUAAGUUUAGUAUACCGUUAUCUGGAUAUGGAGGAACAAGCAAUAUAAUUUUGGAAAAUGUUCUUAGUCUGUUAGAUAAUUAUAUGGUAACACUGGAGAGGAUGUUACCUGGAAGAUCAAGGAAAACUACUUUCUGUGUAAGAAAUACAGGUUCUCGAGCUGCCUAUGUUAAAGCACUGUGCUUUGCAAACCUAAGGACAGAAACUGUUAUGGAACCUCAGGUAAUGACGGUAUCUCCAGAGAAGUUUGUACUAAGAGAAGGAACACAUGAAGAGAUUACUGUAAUGUGGAAUCCAAUGGAAGAGGAGAACUUUCAUAAAAAAACCACAGUGAUAUCAUCAUUAUGUCUUUUCUGGGGAGAUGAAAUUUCUAGGCAGCAGUAUCGUAGAUCUAUGAUGUGUAAUCCUCAAAUAGUAAAACAAAUAAUCCCAGAAGACAGCUGCCUGAGAAAUACUGUAUUUGAUGAAGAAUUUCAAGGGGAGCAGCUUGUGACAGAAGUAUGUGAUUUCGAACGGAGGCCAAAAGAUAUCCAUCUUUUCUAUGCAAAUAUGCAAAAGAUUACCCUUUUUGUCCUUGGAAAUUCCAAUUUUGGUCGGGAUGAAUUUCAGCAGUCUCCUGGACGUCAUUCGGAAUCAGAUAGACCUGAGAUCUCUGUCAGACAUAUGAAUGCAACUUUGGAUGUUCUUCCUGUUAGAGGACCUCAGAGUCAUCCAUUACCUGCAAAAACUGAUGAGCUGGUUCAGAAUCAAUCAGAAGCUCAAGAGUCUUGGGCUGUUAAACCUGAGUACUUGACUUUGACAUGUCCUUCUAUUAGUGAAAAUGCAGACCCUGAACAUGUGCAUAUUUUCAACAAUUCUAUUAGGAUGUUGAGAUUUGAGCUUUUGUGGCCAGCUCAUUGCCUUACUAUAACCCCACAACAUGGAAUUAUUGAACCAGAGAGCAGUACACUGAUUCUGGUGAGUCCUAAUCCAUCGCUUGCUACAAAGCCUUCAUUAAUUCCUUGGAGUGGCCUGAUCUAUAUCCAUUGUGAUAAUGGACAAAAGUUUAUUGAAGUGCGAAUUCAAGAAAGGAAUGUACAGAGUGUGUCUGGAGCAGACUUUCCAUCUAGAAGAUGUGAUACAUUGACUCAAAGUCCUACUGUUCAUGUGGCAAAGCCUCUUUCAGCGUUCCCUCCAACAAAAGUGGAAAUAAAGACAAAAACAGUUUUUUUUCCUAAAACAAGACUUGGACAAAGUUCAGAGAAUUACUUGGAAAUGGAGAAUAAAGGGGAUGAAAAUGUGAAGUGGCAUUUGUCAUCUUUUGCACCACCCUAUAUUAAAGGUGUGGAUGGCACUGGUUGUGUUUAUAGAGUCGCCUACUCCGCGUUCAUAUGCUCCCAGAUUUCUGGUAUUCUUGAAGCUCAUAGAGAAGAGAAGGUAUCUAUAAUCUUUUUACCUAGAGAUAAAGGGGAUUACUCACAGUUCUGGGAUCUUGAGUGUCAUCCAGUUGAACAGCCUAGUUGGAAACACAAAUUAAGAUUUCAACUUUCUGGAACAGGUACUGAAACAGAAAAUGAAAUUUUACCUGCAAAGCCUUCUGCAAGUGCCCUCACAAAACCUGAGCUGCCAGUUAUACCAGAAACGAGCACCUACUCUGAAGCACGUGCAAUUCAAGCAGGACGACAUGAGAUCACUCGAGGCAUAUAUUCACCAGAAGAACUGUAUACUUUUCCUCCAACUAGAGUUGGGGAAUCAUGGACUUUAAAGAUCAACUUAAGGAAUAAGUCAUAUAAAACACACUCGCUGAAAUUCGUAAGUCCCGGAGAGCCUUUCUACAUCAAGCAUUUGAAAUACUCCCUAAGAUCCCAUCAUUACAUCAAUGUGCCAGUCCAAUUCAAGCCAAAAACAGAAGGACAAUUUGAAGGUGUCUUUGUUGUACUUACAAUCAAGUAUAGCCCAGUUUAUAUUCGACUAUGUGGUAAAGGUAUUGCAAAACAAUAGAACAGUUUUAUAACUGUUUUAUCGUACUUUGUAACAGUUUGUGCCAUUGAACAUAAUCUAAGAUUUGUUACUACAAUUCCAUACUAAUAUCCUACUUGUUUAGCCCUGCGAUGCUGCUUUGACAAAAUGUCUUUUGUAAGAUGAGUUAUGGUGCUUGUUUUACAAAUCUGUUUUCAUAGUAAAAACACUGAGAAAUUACUUUGUAUGUUUUAAAGUUAUAAUGUUCUAAUUUAUGG